CCCGCCCCGAGCAGCCGGGUCGCGGGCCGCCCUUCUUCCCGCCGCCGGGGCUCCGCGACUACGGGGAAGGAUUCCUGCCCACAGAGGCCGGGCUGGGGUCCCAGCGCCUCUGGAAGGGACGCUCCUCCCGCCAGGUGAAGCCAGCACCUCGAGUGAGGACCAGUGUGCUGCUGUGAGGUCAUCGGCCUUCUCAUCAGGGACCCCUCUACCCCGCGGUGAGAAAGGAGAAGCUGCCUGAGUUCCUUUCAACGUUUCCUUCUACAUCACAAUUUUGUUGAAGUUGUGUAAUGCAGAUUCAACAGAGAACGCAUGGAUUCUCAAGAAUCUUAUUCCCUGUGGACUAUGAAGUUCAGGGUGAACAUGGGGCCGGGCACACUGAAGCAUUUGGCGCUGGGAAUGGAUGGCUUUGGGAGCUCUUGAGGCCUGACCAGCAAUGUCACCCAUCUGCAAGGCCUGGAGAGCCCAGCUGAACCAUCUGCUUCAUUGUCAAGCCAUCAUGAACUGUAAGAAGCGCAAGUCACAGAAGAUCUCAUUUGAUACUAGGAACAAUAAGAAAAUUGAGCACUAUUUUCCUCAGGUUCCCAGAGAAGAAGAAAACAAUCCAAAGCUUUCUGAUAUGAAGGGUGAAUCUAAAAACAGACAAAGGGAGAUAACUAACACCCAGAACAAGAGAUUUCAUUCAUCGAAGAACACUCAACAAGAGACCAAUCCCAAGAAGAAUACAAUUUACCUCACCUUGGAUGUGAACCACAGGAAAAACAAAAAUAUGAAACAAGAGCUUACAGAAAGAGAAACAAAAAGCUUAUAUACUGCACUUCUUACUCUUGAUGCUGUUAAAGAGGAGACGGAUAUUCAGAAAGGCAAAGAAAUGGUGGUGUUUGGAACAGAAGGCAUUAAGGGGUACAUAAACCUAGCAAUGCCCCUCAAAUGUUUUCCAGAAGGUAGCCAUGUGGUAAUUAAAUUUUUCCAAAGUGAAAAUGACAAGAAGGAAGAUAACCAAGUGUUUGUCAGGCAUGAUGAGGUAACUACUGACUGUGUCACAUUUUACAUUCAUGCCAUUGGGAAGAAAAAGAAAAAGAUUCUGAAAUGUGGAAAACUGCACAAAGAGGGGAACAAACUCUGUGUCUAUGGCUUCAAAGGAGAGACCAUCAAGGACGCUCUGCAAAGGGAUGGCAGAUUUCUUUCCUUUGUCCAGAACAACUACUGGAAACUCAUCAGUGACCUGGACACCAUCAUAGAAAACACUCAGCCAGUGGAUGAGCUAGACGGCAAGCUGUUUCAGGUUGAGGUUAAGGUAAAAAAGAGCAGCAAGGCAGCAGAGGCCAUGCAGAAUUCCGAGCUAGAGAAAAGAAAUACGCAGGUGUUAAAAGAAUACAUUGUACAUGAGUACCCCAGUUUGAAAAGAGAACGUGAAAUAAUUAGAGCUUAUAUCAAGGAAGAAAAUAAGAAAAGAAAGAGUAAAGUUUCCUUAUUUAACCUGCACAGAAAAAACUUUGGGAAACUGACAAAAAAUUCUACCCCAGUGAAAGUAAUCAAACUUCUUUCAAAGCUCAGUGACUCAGUUGGGUUCAUCUUCUGGGACAAUAAUGGAAAUAAGGGUAGUGCCUCCUGCUUUGUUUUUAAAGGAUUAUACAUUUUCACUUGUCGACAUGUUAUAAAUGAUAUUGUGGGCAAAGGAAUUGAGCCAAGUAAGUGGGCAUCAAUAAUUAGUGAAUGUGUAAGGGUAAUAUUUGAUUUUGAAGAGUUCCCAGUAAAAGAAGACAACUGCUUCCUCCUUGACCCCUGGUUUGAGAUAUCUGAUGUCACUCUUGACUAUGCUGUCCUGAGACUGAAGGAAAGUGGAAAACAAGUCCCUGUAGGGCUGUAUAAUGGAAUUACUCCUGUGCCACUCAGUGGUCUGAUAUACAUUAUUGGCCAUCCAGAUGGAGAAUCCAAGUCUACUGAUGGCUGUGUGGUGAUCCCUCAAGGUGAGAGAGAAAGUAAAUGUUGGGAAAAUCUACAGGCAAGGGAAGCAGCCGGUUGUGGUGAUUCUAGGCAGUAUGUCCAUAUGUACACCCAGAGAAGUUUCCUGGAAAUGCUUCACAACCCUAAUGUGGUGACUUAUGACACGACUUUUUAUUGUGGGUCUUCUGGAUCCCCAGUGUUUGAUUCUAAAGGUUCACUGGUAGCCAUGCACACUGCUGGGUUCACUUGCCCCUACCCUAGUGGGGUCUCUAAUGUCAUCGAGUUUGGCUCUGCUAUGGAACCUAUCUUUGCUGAUAUUAAGCAAAAACAUCCCAAAUGGUACAAUGUUGUUUUUGUAGUCCAACCAGAUGUAGAAAUGCUAAGUCAAGACUAGAUGGGAUAGUAUCUCCUAUCCAUGAUACUGUCCCCAACCUUGCUGGUUGGAGAAAACAGCUGAUGCAAGCAUUGGAGUCUUUUCAUGCUGCACUGGACCCUGCUAACUUUCUUCUUUAGCAUCCCCUUAUCUGCUAACUCCUGAGACCAACUGGUUCCUGCUUGGAAUCUAUGGCCGGGGCCUUCAGAGAUCCUACCCAUGCUCUAUAAAACUUUUUGAUCACACAGAUGUCACAGAGCUAACCUCUGAGUGUCUUACAUGUUCAGAUCUGAGAGGGUAAUAAAUACCACAGUUAAGGAGUUUAAAAUAUCUUACAUAGAUGAGAAAAGGCAUGUCCAGAUGCCAUAAGGUUGUUGGGGAAAGAUCCCAGUAUUGGGAUCAGCUACCUCUCUAUGAGUUGCUGGUUAUAGAGGCCCCAGAGAUAAAAUGAAUAAAGGUAUUGCCACUCCUGUUGGUUGCAUUCCACAACUAGAUGGUAAGACCCUGUUGCUGAAAACAUCGCAUGCUUGUCUGCAGAACAUAAAGAAAUCAAGUUUAAGCUGAGCUGAAAGCGUCCUCCUUAAAAGCUACCUUUCAUAAUGCCUAAGGGUGCUUUGCAGUCCACUGGGAGAGAAUUGUCCCCAGCAGUCCUACUAUGCUGUGGAUCCUGCAUGCUACAUUAUCGAUCUACCAGGCAAGCUGUGCUUGCUGAUACAAUAGAUUGCUGUGGGUAGAGCCAACAGCUUUUUGACUGGAUCCAAGGCCCACUCUAUAGGACGGAGUUAUGUCUGGUACUGUAAACCUAAUCAAAAGCCUUAUGGCUGGGAAGGUCAUGGUCUCCAAUAGUGGAAAAACUGCUGUGAUUUUAUUGAUUGCAUGUGAUAGGCUUGUCAGGUUUUCUGCUAAACAUUUGUGUUAUGCCCAUAAGUCACGAUUAUUGUAAGCCUCAUUCCAGUCUUGGAAGGAAAUAACUUUUGCAAUAGGAGGAAUACUGCACACUUACCUGGUCAAGCUCCUGAGACUGACUGUUCCUAUGACAUAGUAGCCCAAUGAUUAGCCAGAGAUCUCAUCCCUCUAAGGCUCAGGGAAUAUUGUGGAAGAGGGGGCUGAAAGAGUGAUAGAGCUGGAGGAACAGGUAGCAAGUUGUAUAGCAAAUUCCUUUGAAUUGAAACACUCCCUCCUGAGAGGAGGAGGGAGGCUCAACAGACUCAAAAGGUAAUAAGUCUGAGAAAGCCAAAAUCUAAAAGAUUGUAAGCCCCCUCCAUAAGGUUAUGUAAAGAGAAAAACAAAGUAACACUGUGUGGUUGCAAGGUUAUAUUAACUUCCUUUGUCCUUCUAGCUUUACUUUUUCCAGAAUGUCUUAUAAUAGGAGCUCUGUAGUAUAACCUGUUAUAAUAAUAAGAUAUUAAAGAUUUGUAUACUUUUGUGGCUUGAUAGUUGAUUUCUGCUCAUCACUGAAGGAUAGUGUAUGCAUUUACUAUAAUUGGUUUAUUUGCUCACCCUCUGAAAAAUCUCCUGCUUAUUUUCAGAUUUGAAAAUUUAUGAAUAAAACUUAUUCAAACAUC